UCCAUUUGAUGCGUUUAGAGAUGGGCAUUUAUGUGGUGGAUGGAGUCAGUAUCUAGCAUGGAUUCAAUCCAUACUAAUUGCGGCUUUCCUGACGUGACUGUUAUAGUUCUUGUGUAUAAGACGAAAAACCACUGUUGCUAAGAAAGUACAUCCGCAUCCUCUUGUGCCUGUGCUUCUUCUAUCGAUAUGCCGGCUCUCACUCUGAAGACUAUUAUAUCCGAGUCAACGUACGGUGGACUUGCAGAUGUCUACAGAUGCGUAUUGCUCAGCGACGCGAGUCUGGAAGAAGUUGCAGUCAAAUGCCCACGGUAUUCAAGUCUUACAGACGCCGUAGUUGCCAAAAUAAAUCAUAAUCUUGAACGCGAAAUCAAGGUCUGGACCAGAUUAAAUAAUCGGUAUGUAUUGCGCCUGCGUGGCACCGCAACAGGUUUCGGUAUAUUUCGAGCAUUGGUUUCCCCCUGGAUGCCGAACGGGACAUUGAACUCCUAUCUUACUCGUGAAAAUAAAACCCUUGUGGGGAUGGACAAGCUUCACAUUCUUAAACAGAUCACUGAGGGCCUCGAACAUCUCCACGACAAUGACGUGAUUCACGGCGAUCUGACCAGUAACAAUGUCCUAAUUGCUGCUGAUGGAUCCCCGCGCCUCGCAGACUUCGGUGUUUCGAAUAUCAUGGUUCAAUCUAACCCGGAAUUUUCCUUCCACAGUGGCGCAGUUCGUUGGGUAGCUCCAGAACUCAUCAACCUCUCGGAAGGUGAAACCGUGCCAUGUGCCACCAAAUCCAGUGAUAUAUAUGCUCUUGGGUGUAUCAUGCUCGAGGUAUUAUACGGUGAACUACCCUACUGGUGGAUCAAGCAAGCCCGCCUUGUCAUAGCACCAAAGCUCAAAGGCCAAGAGCCCAUUAAAGAAAACAUCAUGCAAAUUCAGGCAGAUCAUCUGGAUUUCAUGCGGCGGUGUUGGUCAAUCGAGAGUGAGAAUCGUCCACCAGUGAAGGAGGUACUGUGCUUUCUCGAGAGAGCUAUCUCUAACGGGGCCCCAUCUACAUAAUGCCCCUGUUCGGAACUGGUUCAUCCUCAUCUUUUUUGUUUUAGCUGCCUCAUUGGCAUAGUACAGUGUUCAAGCAUAUAAUACAUGAUCGCAUAUCUACAACUCAAAAUUUUAACAGUAUGAAUGAUAUCGAUAUUUUACAAGAGCAGACCUAUAUCCUGCUACAGUUCGCACAGGUACAAUAUCAAGGUCUCAUCAAUUCACUGAUGUCUCAGAUC